CAUUAUUUUAGCAAUAGAUUACAUGAUUUAGCUUUUGGAAUAAUCGGCGGACUGGCAGCUACUGGAUUCUCCGUUGUGAAGCUCACCAGCGCAGAGGUUGCAGCGCCGUGUUACAUUCAGUACAUUCGACAAGUCGAAGAACUGAUAAGCGUGAAGAGGGCCUAUCGGGAGAUCAGACUGAAGACCACUUGCCCCGAUUCUCUGGCCAGGCCUGACGGUACCGUAACAUACAGCCAAGAGGAGAUGGCCGAGCUGAUUUGCAACUUUUACAGCAACCUCUUUGGCAGUCAGGUAAAGGUGGAGCCUACCGAGAAACGAUGUGACGGAUCAGACGAAGGUAUUCCACCGAUCCUACGAGCAGAAGUGCUAGCUGCUCUUGGCCAGAUGAAGAAGGGCAAGGCACCGGGACCAGAUCGUGAUAAACCACAGAAGAACAAUGUGGUGACCAGAUACCCUCUGAUGCCAUCGAUUUUUGGUACCGCUCGCAUCGCUUUUCUUGGCUUAUCAGCACAGAUUAUUGCUGCCAUGAUAGCUGGACAUGCAACUUGCAUCCAACAAGUU